AUGUGUCCGUUGAGGUUCGUACUAGUGUUUUUCUCAGUUGCACUCGCCGGAUAUUUCGCGUGGAUGACGGCGAAUUCUUCGCCGGAACUUAACUCAGACGACUCACCGGUGGAAGCCAAGGAUAAAGAUAAACAAGGACUUAAUCUCAAAAGCAAGAUGGAGAAUGGGUUGUGGAUGUUCGUUGAUAUGGCUAGCGGAAGAUACCUUUGGAGGAAUCUCAUGGUGGUGAAUGAGAAAACUCAAUGAAUAGCAUAG